CUUCGAUGUUCGUGUUGAUCCGCAGCCUUCUAUUCGCUAUUCCUAUUCGGUCAAGUACAUCAAUAAGUGGGCUGAGCAAGUCGUAGCUCCACGAUUUCUCGAAGAUGGUGAUGUGAAGGUCAUCUGCAGUAUUCCAGAAAUGACGAGCGUGGCCCUUUCAUCCUCACCUGUGAUAAAGAUCAUCACGCAGAUCAGCGAUCCGCUUUAUAUCCACUACUAUUGUCCUGGAGCAAGGUAGAAACAGAUUGCUUGUUCUCCUCUAAAGUCGAAGGUGCUACAAUUCAAAUUCUCUUUUUGUCGCAAACGAUUUCUUCGCGUAUAGCUAGGUAAAAAUGUCGAGCGAAAAUGAAAGUCAGGGCGCGGCGAGCGCAAGAAGACCUCCAACUAGCGAGCAGAGCGCAGCGGAGGCAGCAGCUGUACCAGCCCCACACGUGGGCGAUAGGCGAUUGCUUUCUGCGGCGCAGCAUGAGCACCCGCCUGCUACCGCGACAAUUGCUGCGAGUGCUCCUCCGGAUAGCACGACAGCUCCAGACCUGCAACUUCCUAUUUCAUCACCAACAUCAGACAUGGUUGGACCAUCUUCAAACACAACUAACGCAGUCCUCGAAUCCGGCAUGACAAACGUGAGCAGUUCCUCGUACGAUGGGCCGCAUUUCGGUAAAGUGAUCCGCGACCGGAUUGACCACCCUGCAAACCGGCUGCUUGAAACGGCGAGGAGACGGAGGAAACUGAACCAACUUCCCGAAAACCUGGCAGUUCUGCGGGCGGUGUUGGAUAGGAAGUUUCUCAACGAGAAAAGAAGCGACGCAGGAAGAACACCAGGUGCGGGGACGACACAUUCGUUUCAUCUCCCAGCAGGGGCCGCUCGUGUGCCAGAUGGAGAUGACCAUGGAGACGAGCAAGCUGCAACUACGAAUGCGUCGAACGCAAAAACAGAACUCGAAAAAGAAAUAGAGGACAUCCGGGAAGAGAUCGACACGGUGCUCUUUCCGAAGAUCCAGCAGCAGCAGAAGAAGCUGUCCGACGCCAUGAUGCAAAACGAAGACCUGUUAGAGAAGGUGAAGCAAGUGAAUCUUCAGAAACAGCAGUACGAAAAGCAGUGUCGGCAAACCAAACUCGGACUGGAAAGAAGGUACCGGGAUCUGUUGGCAAGAAAGCAGUGUUACAAUCAGGAACAGGCUCAUGAUCGUCCACCUGGAGGUUUUGAUCUAACCCAAGCUCAAAAGCAGGAACAGGGCGAAUAUCAACAAGAGGAAGUAGAUAACCAUUCAUUCCUGCAACCUUCGUGGCGGGAAAAUUUCGAAGCACUAUUGGAGACGGGUGUGUUUUACGAUUCGGCGGCGCUGAUGGAGCAGUUGCAAGAUAAGGACGGAAAAGUGUUGCACAGCAGCGAAGCGAAAGCUGUGGAGCGAAGGGAACAACUGUUGGAACUAGGGAAAUAUUUGCGCGAAUGGAUGUUGGCUUUGCCAUGACGAUUAAUGAACUCAAGGAACGGACGCCAACGUAGUGCAGCAGCUGCAUGGAAAUUCAUAGUAAAGCGACAAUCAUGUAAAAGUAUCUCGAUGUGUGUUGAACAAGUC